CGUCCUUUGGUCUCGGUCUAUUGUCUCAAAACGCUUGAGCGUCACCGGCAUUUGCUGAGCUACGGGUUGCACUGCGGAGAGGUAGACGAUUGACAACGUACGCAUAUCUUAUCGACCCGAUUAGGGUUUCUUCAUCGCAGCCAUGUCUUCUGCUCCAACGUUUGCCGGCCUCAGCGGUCAAAAGCUGAUGAUGUCCGUAACAACCAUUGCCACGAUGGGUUUCUUGCUUUUCGGCUACGAUCAGGGUGUCAUGAGUAGUAUCAUCGACGCAAAGCCCUUCAACGACGUUUUCCAUGCAACGAAAGAUAACUCGACCAUGCAGGGUGUGGUCACUGCGAUCUACGAACUGGGAUGUCUCGGUGGUGCCUUGUUUAUCUUAGCCUGUGGUGAUUGGUUGGGUCGCAGAUAUUCCAUCAUGUUGGGAGCGCUCAUCAUGAUCAUCGGUGUUAUCAUUCAAGUCACUUCCUGGCCCGGUCAUGUUCCCUUGGCCCAGUUCUGUAUCGGUCGUGUCAUCACUGGCAUUGGAAACGGUAUGAACACCUCUACGAUCCCCACCUACCAGGCAGAGUGCUCGCGCACAUCGAACCGAGGUCUUUUGAUUUGUAUUGAGGGCAGUACCGUUGCUAUCGGUACUCUGAUUUCAUACUGGGUGGAUUUCGGAGCGUCAUAUGGCAACCCUGACCUCACCUGGCGUUUCCCCAUUGCCUUCCAGUGCCUCUUCGGUCUCAUCAUCAUCUUUGGCCUAUUGGUUCUCCCGGAGUCGCCCCGAUGGCUCUUCACCCAAGAGCGCUAUGAAGAAGGUGAAAAAGUCAUUGCCGCACUGCAGGGUAAGCCCAUCGAGCACAAUGAUGUUCAGCUGCAGAAGAACAUUAUCUUGGAAUCUAUCCGAGCUUCUGGUAUGGCGACCAAAUCCACUCCCAUGUCUGCAGUCUUUACCGGUGGCAAGACACAGCACUGCCGUCGUAUGCUUCUGGGCGCUUCGUCUCAGUUCUUCCAGCAGAUUGGUGGUUGCAACGCUGUCAUCUAUUACCUGCCCGUGCUUUUUAAGAAGUCGCUUGGCCAAGAUGAGUUCAUGUCCAUGAUUCUGGGCGGUGUUAACAUGAUCGUCUAUUCUAUUUUCGCCUGUUCAUCCUGGAUCUUGAUCCAGAAGGUGGGUCGCCGUGAGCUGUUCCUCUACGGCUCCUUCGGACAGAGUAUCUCCAUGGUCCUCGCAUUUGCGUGCCUGAUUCCUGACAACGUAAGUGCAUCUAAGGGUGCAGCGGUUGGUCUCUUCACUUUCAUCGCAACCUUCGGUGCGACCUGGCUGCCCCUGCCAUGGCUCUACCCUGCCGAGAUCUCGCCUCUCAAGACCAGAGUUAAGGCCAAUGCUAUCUCCACCUGCACCAACUGGCUGUUCAACUUCCUUAUUGUCAUGGUCACGCCUAUCAUGAUUCAGGACAUCAAGUGGGGUACCUACCUCUUCUUCGCCGUUGUCAAUGCUUGCUUCAUUCCUAUCAUCUAUAUCUUCUACCCCGAAACCAAGGGUCGCUCCCUGGAAGAAAUCGACUUGAUCUUCGCCAAGGGCUAUCUCGAAAAAAUGUCGUACGUGCAGGCCGGGAAGGAGCUCCCCUACCUGACCGACGAGGAGGUCGAGCAGGUCGCCAUCCAAUACGGCUUUGGCGCUGCGGACCAGACCGAGACGAAGAAUGUCGCCGACAGCGACAGCACCGACUCGGCUGCCGUCAAGAACAGCGAUCCGGAGAAGUACUAAAGAAACCGCACGAGUAACGGUUUAACCCUGGUCCCGCCUAUUACCCUGCUGCUGAAUCCUUAGCAGCGAGCUGGA